CUUUUAGAUAGUGAAGAAAUAACAAAUGGCCAAGAAAAGAAUAAUGGUGAUCAUGAAGUUUUAAUGAGAAAGUCAUCUAGUAAGAUAUUAGAAACUAUACCUGAAAAUGCAGCAAAGAAAGAGGAUGAAAAAAAUGAUGUGACUAGUGUUGAUUCAGAACAUUUAGUCUAUUUUGUGGAUAAUGUGCCUUUGGAAAAGAUUUUGAAAGAGACAUUAGAUUCAUUAGGAAUUGUUAAUGCUGUAUGGACAUUAGCUAAAGAAGGUAAAUUUCAUGAAAUUUCAUUUCCUUGUGAACCAGGCUACAAGUGUGAUUUGAUUUUACGCGCCUUAAUAACUAAAGGAAUUGGAUUUCGAGGAGGCUCAACAAUAGGGGUAAUGCCAUGUGCUAUUUUCUAUCAAGAUGUUGAUGAAAAUGAGGGAGAAAAUAGUAAUGAAGGAAGUGAUGCUGAAAGUGAUGGGGGGAGUGAAGAAUCAACGAAAUGGAAAACAGAAAAGAAAGGACGAUCAAUUUCUAAAUCUGUUCAACAUAAAUUUUUGAAAUCUGUAACUUCACGUUUAACAGUUGCUCAGGUUGUUGAAGGUGUAAGGGCUAAUGCAAAUCUGAAUUUUGAUUUUGUAAUGUUUACUAUCUUAGCAAGUAUAAUUGCUGCAGUUGGACUUGUUGAAAGUAGUUCUGUAAUAUUGGUUGCCAGUAUGUUAAUAUCACCACUUAUGGGUCCAAUCUUGGCUGGUACUUUUGGAACUGUAAUUCAAGAUGGGCCUCUUCGUAAUUUAGGAAUAAAAACAGAAAUUCUUGGUCUUCUUCUAUGUAUAUUAUUUGGAUUCCUAUUUGGAUUAAUUAGUGGUCCAUUCAGUAAUCAGUGGGUUCAAGGUGAUUGGCCAACCAAAGAAAUGACUUCAAGAGGUGAACUUCGAAGUUUAUGGCUUGGUGUAUUAGUUGCUUUACCAUCUGGUGCUGGAGUAGCUCUCUCUGUGUUAGGUGGAAAUGCAGGAUCACUUGUCGGUGUUGCAAUAUCUGCUUCUCUUCUUCCACCAGCAGUCAAUGCUGUAAAGUAUUUUAAAAAAAUAUCUAUUUCUAUAAAGCUGAUUGAAUAA